UUUGCUAGCAAUAGCUUGCUAGCUAGAUGGAAGCAGAAACUUUAGAAUAACCUGUUAACAUGUAAUUUUUUAAACAUUUACUGGAUAAAUGUGACUAAAUUAAACCAACGACUCAGUACCACUGGCUUUGGUUGUUGAAAAUCACUAAUCUUCACCUCCACUAAGAGUCAUCUUUCUCAAACACAGCUGGAACAAUGUCUUCAAUCUCACAGGGACGUCGCUAUAAUGAUACUCACAGGGACACUACCUCCUUAGACUGGCUUUCGAUAUGCAAACAAACCGAAAAGGAUCACAAUAACCCAUCAUCUGGCUGCACAGACAGAAGCAGAAGUGUUUCUGGUGAAGGUGCAGACAACAAUAACCCUCCUCCAGGUUCAGGUGCUGCUAAAACUCCAGAACCAAGCAGAUCGGAUCAACCCAAGUGCACAGCAGAAACAGCUACUGAGAUCCUCAGCAGGUUUGGACUCGACAAGAACGACUUGGGAGAGCUCAGUGCUUACUCUGAGGAUCAGAUCACCCCUGAAAAUCUGAAAUGCAUCCUGAUGAAGAUUUCCAUUAAUAAGAAGAAAAGAGCUGCAGAGAAAUCCUCUGAAUCGCAGUCCACUAUCAAUCUAAAGAGUGACUUGCAUCAAACUCCCAUAAAGUCAAAUAAAGUUAUUGAUUGCGGUGAUUUUGGUAGUAGUGUGACUAAAAAGGAGACUGGAAAAGCUAGCACAGAUGAGCGUAGAGGUAAGACACUGGUGGAAACUCACAAACCCAGUGAGGACCAACUGCAAAGAUGUGUGUUAAAGGGCAAAAGCAGAGAUUUGGACUCUAGAACAAGCCGGAAGUCUGAGAUUAGUGAGCAAAAUAAAACGGUUUCACCCAAACAUAAACCUGAGGAGCCUAAACUCUGCAAACCUCUUCCUCCAAAGCAACAAGAGUCCACAUCUAAAUCAUCCAAAGCUAGUAAACCAGGACACAAGAGAUCCAACAGCAAGGAAAGAAAAACUCAAGUAAAAGAAAAGAAACAUCCAGAGGAGAAGAACCCUGAGGUUCAAACUGAGCUGAAACAUAAACAACAAGGACAGGAAAAGCCAGUGAUGCAGACUAAAUUUAAGGGAUCAUCUUGUAAAAAUGAGCCUUCACAUGCCAUAAUUUCAGCCAAACAGAAACCUGACGAGCCUAAAUCCUGCAAACGUCUUCCUCCAAAGCAACCAGAGUCCACAUCCAAAUGCUCUGAUCCCAGUAAGCCAGAACAGAAAAGUUCCAACAACAAGGAAAGUAAAACUCAAAUAAAAGAAACAAUAGUUCCUGGGCAGAAUAAGAGACUUCCAGAGAAGAAUAACCCUGAAGUUCAGACUGAGUUGAAACGUGGACAGCAAGGACAGGAUAAACCAGUGAUGCAGACUAAAUUUAAGGGGUCUUCUUGUAAAAAUGAGCCUUCGCAUGCCAUAAUUAGAGACUGUAAAGGAAUCUCACCAGAAUCCUUCCCUCAUUAUUGUUCGAUAUGCAACAAGAAAAGUUGUGACUUGCAGGCUUGGUGUUCCCACAUGAAGACCACUGAUCAUCGUGAGAAGUGCAAAACCCUAUACCCAGACUUGUUUUGUGAACAACAAUUCUACAGAAUAGAUGCAAUCUGGAGGCGGUGUCAGGAGACGGCCAAACACAAGAGUGAUUUGCGUCGCAGAAACGCUUCCCGUUCCAGAAGUCAAGAACGCAGUCACAGAAGAGGCUUCAGUAUUCGCUCACCCUGCCGGAGAAACACUUCCUGCUCUAGAAGUCAUGGCCGCCAACACAGAAGAGGCUCCAGUUCUCGUUCACCCUGCCGGAGAAACGCUUCCCGAUCCCGUUCCAGAAGUCAUGGCCGCCAAUUCAGAAGAGGCUCCGGUUCUCGCUCACCCUGCCGGAGAAACGCUUCCCGAUCCCAUUCCAGAAGUCAUGGCCGCCAAUUCAGAAGAGGCUCCGGUUCUCGCUCACCCUGCCGGAGAAACGCUUCCCGAUCCCGUUCCAGAAGUCAUGGCCGCCAAUUCAGAAGAGGCUCCGGUUCUCGUUCACCCUGCCGGAGAAACGCUUCCCGAUCCGUUCCAGAAGUCAUGGCCGCCAAUUCAGAAGAGGCUCCGGUUCUCGCUCACCCUGCCGGAGAAACGCUUCCCGAUCCCGUUCCAGAAGUCAUGGCCGCCAAUACAGAAGAGGCUCCGGUUCUCGCUCACCCUGCCGGAGAAACGCUUCCCGAUCCCGUUCCAGAAGUUAUGGCCGCCAAUUCAGAAGAGGCUCCAGUUCUCGCUCGCACAGCCCGUAUCGUCAGCGCCGUAAAUCCAGGAGUAGAUCAACUUCCACCUCAUACAGUUCUAGCUCUGAGGACAGAAAAGACAGGCGCAGGAGCCCACCCAGGUCUUCCUACAGUUAUAGACACACCCUCAGGUCUCGAUCUCGUUCUCCACGGUACAAGAAGUCCACCUCCUCUUUCCUCCUGGACCUCUUUCUCCCUCCUGGGUCCACCUCCUCCCAGGAGCCACCUCUCUCCUCCUUCCAGCAGAGAGGUGGACCACCUCUCUUGGGACCACCUUUCCUGGGACCACCUCCUCUCUCCCAGGACCACCUCCUCUCUCCUGGGACCCCCUCCUCAAUCCUGAGUC